UUUGCGAUUGCAAGUACGAUUGUAACGUUAUUUUUAUUCAAUUGCUUUUUUUGCUUAAAAAAAAGAAAAAAAAUCUUUUGUUCAAGAUAAAAAAAAAUGUCCGAGACUAAUAAAAAAUUGCCUAAAAAUGAAUUCGUACCAUUUUUGGAAGAUAUUUCCAGUGAUGACUUCAAUUUCCCGAGUGAUGAGGAUUUUUUGAACAACAACGAUGAACAUUUCUUUGGUUUACCAUUGGAAAAUGUAAAUUCACCAAAACCCGGUGAUCAAGCACCUUCUCCAUUAUUUCCCACAUUAGCGGGAACAAUUGACGACGACCUUUCAGAAUUUUUCUAUAUUUUAAAUCCAAUUAGUGGAGUUUUAGAAGAGGCUCCGAAAAAUGUCAGCGCCGAUAUCGAAUCAAUUGUCAGUGAGCAUCACACCAAUAUUAAUUGUGACAAGAACAUGGACGUUGUGCCGGCAAAAAAAAUGAAACGCGAAUUAACUGUUUAUGAAGAGACGCUGUUGAAAAAUUUCAGCACCGAAAUUGCCAAGGAACAACAAUUACUUGCCGCUGAGCAUGAAAAGAAAAUGCAACUUUGGGAUCUUGAAAUGCAAAGUAGUCAACAGCAACAUGCAUUAAAAAUGGCAAUAUUAAAGGAACAACUCGAGAAAAUACAACAGGAAAAGAAACAAAUUGAAAUGCCACAAAAUUUGAAGCACCUCAGUAAAUUCAAAAGUGGUCCAAUUUAAAUUUAUCUUCAACUGAAAAUUGAGAAACGAAAAAAAAAUCGUCAAAAAAAAAAUCAAAAUAUUUAUUUUUGUUAAACUUAUUUUAAUUUCUGAAAAUUUUAUCAGUUACUUUAGUAUUAUAAUUUUAAGUUAAUUUUAAAAUGAUUUUAAAGUAAUUGCAUUUCUAUUCAAUG